CUCAUUAUGUGUUCGGAACCUACUACUGCUUCACAUUGUAUCAUCACUACGGGCACCGGAGUUUGCUUAGCACCAGGCGUAUCGACUAAUAGUGGUAACCCAAGCAAGAUGCUGUAUGCUACUAUGUUUUUAACCUUUGUUAUGUACAUAUCGGCGGUAGUACUUGGUGAUCAGAUAAUUUCCAACACUGCAGUUGUCAUACCCGAUGGUAUUAAUGUGUGAUUCUUACACUGAUGAAUUCCUCUUCUGCUGUUGCCCCAGGUGGUGCCCGUACUGCUGCCAAGAGAAAGGCUACUGCCGAUAGAAAGGCCACUGCUGCCACUCAGACCCCAACCUCCACCAGAGCCGCUGGUGCCGGUGGCUCUUCCAGCACUAUGUUAAAGUUGUACACUGACGAAGCCCAGGGCUUGAGAGUCGACCCAUUGGUUGUUUUGUUCUUGGCUGUCGGUUUCAUCAUCUCCGUUGUCGUCUUGCAUGUCAUUGCCAAGAUGACCGGUAAGUUCUUCAACUAAGAUUACUUGUUGCAACCACGCCCCCACGCAUUACCCCUGGGUGCAAGCCGCCUUGGGAAGAAACUCCAAGCAAUUCAUAUACACGGACUUGCAGACUUGAACAGCCACGGGUCAUUUCGACCCAAACCCCUUUUUGUCCCC